AUGUCCAUCUCUCUCCUCCUCGCACUCGUGGUGUCGCUCUUUCUAGGGACCAUCGCUGGCUCAGAUGCUCCCACCGACUUGACUGGCUUUCCCAAGUGUGCUCAAACAUGCAUCAGCAACAACCACGGCAAAUGCGCCCUCCUCGACAUGGAGUGCAUGUGCAAUAACCAAGUCCCCACCAUCUUCAGCUGCAUGCAGGGCUCCUGCAACGCCGAAGACCAGGCUACCACACUCAAGUUCGCUCAAGACCUAUGCGACCAGGUCAACGCCACGUCCACGGCGAAAGCAUCUGGCGCUGCGAAAACGGGGGCGACGACGCUCUCCACGGCCGUGACGACAGCUACUGGUUCUGUGGACGCGACAUCGUCCCCGAUUCCAUCGUCAUCGGCAGCAUCUCCAAAGUCAAGCCUGUCGACGGGUGCCACAGCGGGGAUCGGCGUGGGCGCUGUACUCGGUGCGGUGGCUGUUGCGGCGGGUGGAUUCUUUCUGUGGCGGCGGAAGCGGGGACGCGGUGUGGAGGAACUGCCUGGGUUUGCAGUAAGGGAGGUGGAUUCCGAGUACACGUUGCCGCCCGAGUAUGGGCAGAAGGGUGUGGAGGGGGUGCAUAUCAUACAUCAUGAGGCGGAUGGGGUGCAGUGGAUGGAGCUGGAGGCGAAGGAGGCGACGAGGUAUCAUCGGUAG